AUGUCAGGAAGCUUCUACUUUGUAAUUGUUGGCCAUCAUGAUAAUCCAGUAUUUGAAAUGGAGUUCUUACCAGCUGGAAAAGCAGAAUCCAAAGAUGAUCAUCGUCACCUGAACCAGUUCAUCGCCCAUGCUGCUCUUGACCUUGUAGAUGAGAAUAUGUGGCUGUCUAACAACAUGUACUUAAAAACUGUGGAUAAGUUCAAUGAGUGGUUCGUCUCGGCAUUUGUUACAGCUGGUCAUAUGAGAUUUAUUAUGCUUCAUGAUGUAAGACAAGAAGAUGGGAUAAAGAACUUCUUUACUGAUGUCUACGAUUUGUACAUAAAGUUUGCAAUGAAUCCAUUUUAUGAGCCCAAUUCUCCUAUUCGAUCAAGUGCAUUUGACCGGAAAGUUCAGUUUCUUGGAAAGAAACACCUGUUAAGCUGA